AUGCUCAACCAGGUUAUGGAAUGCAAGCAAUCUUCAACUCGGCUUGAUGAAGCCAUGGCAGCUGACAUGGAGAGUUUUAAGUUUCUCAGCAUUAAUUCCAUGCGAUAUGCUCUGGAUCUCUUAGCUGACAUGCUGCAAGCUGUGAAUCCUAGUGACCGUAUG